AUGUGCCCCAGAGAAAGAAAAAAAGAUAUUUGAAAACACGACCAUAUGAUUUAUGGAGCAAAGGACAAAGGAUUUAGGGAGCAUGUGUGUGAAAAUCCUCUUGCCACACUGGGGAAACAAAUGGUUCUGUGUUAAGUCCCUCCAACUGCACUGUUCUUGGAGACCCUGACUGUUGUCUCUUUUCAUGGAAGCCAUGAUACUGAUUCAAUUUUUGUCCAAACCUGUUCAUGGAAGUAGAUAUCAAUUUAAUAUAGCACGGACAUGCCUGAGGACCGGCCACCAAAAGUCUCCUUUGCUCCAGUUAAUCCAAACUCUCAGAGGCUUCAGCUGGGAUAGACAAGAUGGAUGGAGUGUGAGGACUGUGAACAAGAGAAAGCAAUAAAGAUGGAAUGAAGGGAUAUAGCCUAUUGCACUCCUAUUUUUAGGGUGCUUUUUGUGUGUGGCAUAAGUAAACUUGCAUAUAGAUCGGAGAGAGAACACAGUAUAAUAAAGGAGAAAAGCAGUAUGAUGAGGACUAAGGCUGAGCCAGAGAGACUGUGUGGCAGAGAGAAGUACGAAUAAAACAGCCACUCAUCCCAAGGAAAGCAAGUAUGUGCAACACUGGAAAAAUCUGAAAAAUAGUUCCCAUUGGUGUCCUGACUCCUUUCAGGCAUUGUCUGUCUCUUCCCUGAAGUUGAAUUACUUAGGAAAUCAGAAGUCCUCUUCUGGUCUUUCUGGGAUCACCUAAUAAUUCUGGAAAACCUUUAUACUUCAAAGAUGAAUACUUACGAAAGGGAGAGAUUUCUUUUUAAUGAAAAAUGAUGAUCAAGGUGCACAUAUGACUUACCUGGGGUGAUUUAGAUUCCUAGAAGCAAGAAGUGUCACAAGAGAAACAGCUCCUGACAAAACUAUUGACGUCCUUGAGCAUUUGAAACGGAUGUGAGAGAGUUUUUAGACCUCAUGCAAAACAACCAACUAAACAUAACAGAUUACAUCAGCUCAGCCUUUUCAAUUCCUGGAUGGCAGCAGAGUGCUAAUCCAACCUUCAUCCUGGAUUUCAUAAACUGAAACAAGGGAGGCUGGCAGGAGCAGCGCUGCCGGAUUGAGGAAGCUGACGACGGUGCAACAUGUGGGCAACACACUGUAUAAAGCUCAUAAACUUGUAGGCUGAUGUGUGCAGCUACCACUUUGGAUUCUUUACGGCUGCUUCCCUCAGCAAGAGGCACCAGCAGGCUGAGCACUGAGACCUGCUCUCUGGGAUGGAGAUUUUACCCCUGCAAGACAUGAAGGGCUUCCUGUUCCUCACAUUCCUCCUGAUGCCCGUGCAUGCUGGAGCUUCUUGGAGCGCGAAAUACGCAGUGGAUUGCCCCGAUCCCUGUGACAGUAACGCGUGCAAAAGCACUGUGCGCUGUAAGCGAACAGUGCUGGAUGACUGUGGCUGCUGCAGAGUGUGUGCAGCUGCUCUGGGGGAGACUUGCUAUCGUACAGUCUCGGGUAUGGAUGGUGUCAAGUGUGGUCCUGGGCUGAAGUGCCAGUUUUACACUGAGGAGGAUGACUUUGGUGAUGAAUUUGGUAUCUGCAAAGAGUGUCCUUAUGGUACCUAUGGAAUGGAAUGCAGGAAAACCUGCAAUUGUCCCUCUGGCAUCUGUGACAGAGUAACAGGGAAAUGUUUGAAGUUCCCGUUUUUUCAACUGUCUGCUUCAAAGCCUCCAAAUCGACGAAAAAUAUCUUCACACACAGACAAUGACAUGGCAUCAGGGGAUGGAAAUUCUGUAAAAGAGGAAUUCGUUAAAGAGAAAGUUAUUCGCUCUCCAGUAAUGAAAUGGCUAAAUCCUCGCUGAUAUUUACUUACACUUGUAAGACUUUCAGGUGAAUGCAUUUCUCACAGAUUAUUGAAUAUGCAACAACACACUUUAAGAACAAAGUAGAUCUAUAACGUAUGAAAAUGUAAUCUCUGAAGGUCAAAUGUGACCAGUUUUUAGUGACAAAUGUUUACUUAAAAAUAGAUUGUACAGUGUAUAUGACUUUUGAUAUUUGUUUUGAUAAGUAUUUGAACAGAGAAAUGUAUUGUGGUUUUUUGAAUGUAUAGUAAUACUAAAAACCCAACAUGAUCAUUUAAAUAAUGCCAGAGGCUGACUCUUGCAGCCUGGGGCUGGGAAAGCUCUCACUGAAUUAAGGGGACAGUUUAGGUGAGUGAUACUAUUGGUGUGGAACACCAUGAAAGAAACACAGAUAAACUACACCUCUGAUGGAAGGAAACCCCCUGAAUCUUGAUAACAAUAACAACAGAAGCACAACAAUGUACAUUAAAUAAACCAACAUUAGUUGUUAAAAAUUUUCUAGUUUUUGGAAGUUUGGUGACAAUUCCUCAGAGAUAAAUAUGCCUUUCUUCAGUGAGAAAAUACCCAGCAUUUCAGUUCAUACAUUGUGAAUAACUUAGGCAAGACACUGCAGACAUAUAUUGUAUUUAGUUGGAUUUCUAACGUUAAAUUUUGUACAGAGAAACAGCAGAUUGGUAAAUUCUACCGAUUUGUAGAAGGGGAUCUGAAACAAAACAAGCUGCUUACCAUUAUUUAAAUAUAUAUGUUUCUAUAAACCAGCUAGUUGGUGUCAUUAAGGCAACGUCUGCAUUUCUUUGGGAAGAGCGGUGAGAGGCCAGCAAAGGAACCUUCAUAUUUUCCAUCUUCACUGCUAGCUAUGGCCCAGAUGUGACUCGCAGGGAGUUUAUUUGAUCCCGGGUAGGGAAGACUUGGACCCUCAGCAAGUGAUAGUGCAGCCACAGACUACAGUUUUGGUACCCAGUCCUUUGUUUAUCAAUUGCAUGAGCAAGUGGUCCCAUUUCAGCCAGGAGCAAAACUUAUAUGUGUUAGAGUGUUGCAGGAAUGGGCAGUCCCUCAUUCAGUCUAAAUUGGAGGAUACACGUGUAAAUCAGAAAUCACCACUGAGAUGGGUUUGCUAAUAUGUCUGGAAACAACCAGAUUCACAGAUAAUGAAAAUUGAUGUUGCUGGGUCAGAGUGAACCUGGAUUCCAUGAGUUUAGGAGCUGCCUUGUAACACAGAGUACGCUCAUUGGAAGUGUGGCUUGAUUUUAAUAUUUCCUUUGAAAUCCAUGUGAGCUUUGACAAUGACUUCAGUGAAAGAAGGAACACACAGUACAGUAGCCAGAGUUUAGUUCAGGAUCUGAAAGCAUACUUUAAAAACUAUGAACAACAGAAGCUCUAAUGCCCUUAAAGAGAUCCAAAGUCAACAUCUGUGGAAGCAGGUUGCUUUCACCUGGGAAAGCAGAGUGAAUCAUGCUGAUCUGCAACAAGAGGAUAAUGACAGCAGUAGACAUGCAAAUGUCAGGAUUAAAGUGCCAUGAUAAUUGGAGACAUAUAAACAUAAGUCUCAAACUAGCAUAAUGCCACAUUUUAACCUGUAUUGAAUGUUAGGGUCUGAGACGGAACAAUGUUAUCUUGGGCCAUUUACAAGCAAGUGUAUUGAUUCUAAUCUACUGAUAUCAAAAGUAAUUUUUUUCUUUAUUUCAGUGAGAGCAGGAUCAAACCCAUGGUCUUCCAGCAGACUGAUGAUAAAUAUUUAAAGAAUGUAGUAAAUAUUGCAUACAUUAUUAAUAUUUUGCAUCAGUGUCAUAAAUGACAUUAUGAGUUCUUGAAUGUAAAUCUAGUAAGUCAGUUGGUUUUAAAGAGUGUAAUAUUAUUAUUGUUCAAUAAAAAAAACAACUGAAAGCA